CUUAUGAAGUUUUUUUCGCGACAUCCGGUAAGUUAUAAACAGAAGUUCAGAGAGAUUGCCUACAACAAGAGGACAGUAAACAAUCUAAAAUGUCUUUAGGUCUUGUGGCGUAUGGUGCCAGUGAUGAUAGUGAUGAAAGCGAAACAGAAAUGGAAGCUACAAGUAGCAAAACUGAGACCCAAAAAAGUGGAAUUGAUGUAACGGGGCAUAUCAGCGACGAGGAUGAAUUUGAAACAGUUAGCUCAACGUCGGCUUCUUCUGCAACUCAACAAACUGUAUUGUUAACUUCGGCUGCCCCUUUAUCAAUUAAAUUGAAUGCAUCUAACUCAGCAAAUACAUUUAGCUCUUCACCUUUUGUAUCUGAAAGUCAUGACAAUACAGUCAAUUCAACAUCUCUUACAUCUUUAGAUGGUAGGUGUAACUGGGCAACUGGGUUACCUGUUAACUGUACCACAGAGUACCACUAAUAAUUUAUUUUUUUGAAUUAGUUUAGUUAGUGACUAUAGCAUAGUAUAGCAAGUUCAACAUUGCCAGGUGUCCAGUUUUAAACCGGAGAUCUGUAUUUCAACAGCCUUUACAGGAAAAAAAUAAAUACUAGACACCAUACUGGUAUGUAAAAUACUCUUUCAAGGUGCUCCUGGAGGAAAGGGAAGGAUGGUAAGAUGUCCAACAUUUUUGGAGGAAACUUAAAGUUUCUAUUCUAUAGUAAGCUACCAAUUCAAUAGCAUCUAGAGAGCUAUUGAAGACUAUUAGUAGUUCAGCCAAUCAAACCAAAACCAGAACUUUAAGACUGGCUUUCAAUCACGCUGGCAAAGUAUUGCCAUUGCCCUGUUCAUUUAUUACUAGUUGGUACUAGUGACAACACUUCGGCUUGAUAAUGAAUCCUGAAAUAAUUUUAGCUUUAAAUUGCUAUUUUGAUACUGCAGAGAUUUGGAAAAUACCAUCAACGCUUUAGAAGACUUUCAAAAUGCUGUAUUUUUAAUGAUAAAAGCUAUAGACUAUAGAAUUAUAAUUUAUAAUAUUAAUAUAGACCUAAUAUAUAGACAUAUAGUCAUAGAUAGAAGUAUGAUACUGGGGGAAGGGGAUCAUAGUCUGAAAAAUGCCCAGCUUCAUUUUUGUCAAAGUAAUAUGUACUCAUCUGAAAAAUAAGAUAUAGUUGAGGCCGAGAAAUAAUUUUAUUGUAAAAAUUUUGCCUUGCAAAUUAUUAUUAUUAUAAUUAUUAAUAUUAAUAAAAAUAUAGGCCUAAAUUUGUUUGUAAUUACCAUAAUAAUAGUUUUACUGCAUACUAAGUGUGUAUAUUUUAAAAAAAAAUCUUGUUACUUCAGCUAAAUAAACGGUAUAAUAAUAAUGUAAUUAGGCUUAAAGAUUUAGCCAUCUCUGUUUAGGAACAUGGUCAUGUGAAAACACCCCAUAAUUGAUUUUCUGGUGGGAGGUUGGCCUACUGAGCAUUAUUUACACAAAUCAGCAUUGAUAUUUUUAUGUGCAAUUUAACAUUUUCAUUGGGUAAAUUGUUCAUCUAUAACACAAAGUAAUUUAACAUCUAGGAAUUGCUAUUUACUAAUUUAUUUAUUUAAUUUAUUUAUUUAUUUAAUUUAUUUAUUUUAUUAAUUUAUUUGUUAAUGCUAUGCAGAUUCAAUGUUUUUAACAGCACAGAAUCCGAUGAAAACAUAAGCCACUAUACAUAAUAUAUAUUUAGGUGGAUUAUGUCUUGAAAAUCCGAUUUGGAGUGAAUUUAUGAGACUAGACACAAAAAAAAUUUUGAGGUGCACUCACAACCAGACAGCUGUCUAAAAUGUUAGCACAUGUUUUUUGGCAACAUAUUUUAUUGGGGGACACAAAAAUCAAAAUUUCACAUAAUAGUGAUUUCAGUGAUGUGAUUAAAAAAAUAGUGACUACCAUUACGUAGACAAUACUGCACAACAUCAAUCUAUCACCAGUUAGUAGUUUUUGAUAGUAAACUACCAAUAGCCGCUUAGAGGCUAAUGGUAAAAGAGUACCAAUGGUUAUCUGCCAAUAGUGAUAGCCUUUUUGGAAUAGGUAUCUUAAAUAUCUCUUACUGGCUUCUUGUGAGUGAGUGCAUUGACCACCAAAUUCUUUCCCAGGCAUAUAGCCGUAUAGAAGGCUCUGCAUCUGUAUAUCUUCAAAAACUAAUUUCUAAACAUGUAUCCAUAUAGAAACUGAGCUCUUGAACACAGUUCUUACUGAGACUGAGAGUUCCCUGUGUGGAUGGACACAGAAAAAAGUCAUACAGAGUUUGCUCUUUUGAAGUUAUUGCCCCUAAAUUGUGGAACAGUUUGGCUCAUUCUUUGAGCGAAAUUGAAAAUGAUAAAAAGUUUUUUAAGAAUCAUUUAAAGACUUUUUUCUUUAAAUACAUUUUAGGAGAUUAAAGCGCUGUAAGCAUGCUAAAAUAGCAUGGACACAAGCGCUAUAACAGUAGUCAAUCGUCAUCAUCUAGCAACCUGAUUUUGAAUACAAAUUUAAAUGAAGUUAAGACACAAGUAUCGUGUCUACAGGUUUUGCCAACUCAUUAGGCGUAAUAACUAAUACAUUAAGAGGUCUACUCAUUAUGAUGAACCCCAAAAUGAAUGGCCAUAUAAAAUGAACCUACCUAAAAUUAUCACGAAACUUAAACUUAAUACACAGCACAACUGAACAAGUAGGAACUUUUCUGCCAAAAGCCUUCUUCAGUAAAAAAAUAAAAUAAAUUAAAGUUUAAAUAAAAGCGAUGAGAAACUUAGCUCAUAGAGAGAAGGAAUAAACUGGGUCUGAGUCAGUAGGUUGUUUGUUGUGUGUUUAUUUUUUUCAUAUUUAUUUUUAUAUAUUUUUAUUUUAAAAAAAAUAUGAGAUUAUGAUUAUGGUACUUAAUUUGUUGUUACCUAAUAAAUCACCACAAUUUUAGGAAGCAAAAUUCUGAAUGAUAUUGACAUAUAUUAUCUCCUAGACCUUCCUGCACCUCAUGCACUAUCAAGUGGCUUAAAUAAUGAAACUGUUGAAGAAGAGCUUGAGGAUGCAGUCAAACCAAAAGCAGCAGAAAUUGCUAGUGCCCCUCAUCCGCCAACUACAAAGAAAAAACAACCAGUGAGGAUAACGAUUCCUUCACUUCGAGAGGUACAUAAUUUAAAAAUAUUAUAUUUGAUGAUGAGAAGUUAUGCUAGAAUACAGACUCUCUGAAAAGUGGAGUUAUUUCUAUAUUGUUUAGGGAUAUAAAAAUUUGAUUUUUUUUGUAUAUAAAUCCUUACCCUGUAUUUAUAUUUAUUAGCAAAGAAAUAUUUAAAAAAAAAUAGUGAAACCUGAAUGCAACCAAAUCUAUAUCUGUUAUUUAUUAGCACUCUCAACGCACAGUAAGUUGUUUCAAUAUCAUGCUUGUUUCUUUGCUAUUUCUUAGUUUAACUUUUAAAGAGCGUUUACACAGAAGAGUGGUAAUUCAUUGUUUAUGAGCGAAACCAAGGUUUAUUUGUUGUCAUUUGUAGCAUUAUUUUAUUAGUAACGGUAUUAUUCGCUGUUCUUUUUUUCUGUAUCAAUACUGUUGCUUUGGCUACCCUAAGCCCUAUUAGGGGGAGUAAGUUUCCUAGACGAUUAACAGCUCAAAAAGCUUUGGAAAUAUGUUAUACUACUGCUAUGGACCAUAAUGGAUUGUGAAGAUGAUUUAGUUUUCGAUCCAUGGCAUGAUUCCGAUAGUAGUAGUUUUAGAUGAUUUGAGUUAUACCAGUGAAGAUGAUGUAUGCCUACAUAAAAAGGUUUGAAGAGAAAAAGGUUUUGCAUAUCAUGUUUUCACAUUUUAAGUUUCUUUCCUGUUACUUAUUUUAGUUCAGCUGAAGAAAUAAGUUUACAAACAUAUAGUCAGUUCGGUUAUCUUUCAUUUGAUACCAAAUUUAGACUUAUAAACCAAACAAUAAUAUUUAAAAUAUUUUUUAAUAAACCGAACCUCUCACUCUUUUUUCAUUAAAAAAAUUCCACAGCGAAAGAGUUAGCUAAAAUACAUGUUUGUUGUUUUUUUUUGCUAAAAACAUUUAACAUUAAACUUCACUUUUUUAAAAAAUUUAUGAAUUCUAUAAACAUAAGUUAGUUACCACUUUUUGUGCAUAGUUAAGCAACACAUUUCUUUAAUGUCAUUUCAGACACCAUUGGAAGAGGAAACUGGCACAAGCAAAAAUUUAGCACCUUCCAUGGUAAGGAGCAAUACAACCCUGAUUUUUUAAAAUUACAUACUUCCAUUUUCCAACACCCUUCCCAGCUAUUUAUUUAAAGAGCUUAUGAAAUGUUAAAUAAAAUAUAAACAUUACAAAAAAUAUUUUUACCCCAAAUACUUAAAAAAAAAAAAAUAAUUAAUGAUUCAUUUUAACGUUCAAAUAGUACAAAUUUAAAAGAAUAACAAAACCUUUUCCCCUUGUUAUCAUGUAUUCUUUUUUUUUAAAAAUCAACAGCAAAAGUCUGGUUUGUUCUCCUUGCUGCCAGCACCAAUGCAUUCUGCCAAGAAAGAAAUCAACAGACCACUCAUCCCUUACAGUCUCAACAAAAAGCCUGUGGUAGCUAAGAGUGAUGACACAAAGCCUUCAGUAGCCAGCAUCUCUGCUCCAAGCUCAGUCGGUACAUCACAUUCAGCAGAUAUUUCAUCAAAGCGAAUGACACCUUUUAAUGCACUGACAGGAUUUGAUAGUGACAGUGACGAGGAUGAUGAUUUCAAAGGCAGUUCUACAAACUUUUUCUCCUUGCAUUCAUCUUCUGAGGCCUCGGACAACACUAAAACCGUCUCGACACAGGAGAGGCUUCAAAGUGAAGAAGUGUCCAGCUCAGAGUCAGACUUGAAUCCACAAGCAAAGGACAAUGUCAGUGAGAGUGCCGUUGGAGCUGAAGAAGCUGUUGACGAAGGUCAACCCACUCCAGAGCAGCCGGUCCAGGGACCUGAGCCAGGGGCAGUUAACGAUGCACCACUUAAUUUUCGGAGUGUGAAUCGACUAAAUUCAUGGUCUGGUUCAUCUUAUGGUUUUCUUGGCCCUGUCGGACUUUCGGGCCCCAUAGCCACACCAUCAUCAUUUAGCAGUUAUGAGACUGUGCCUUCUAAUUCGCAAUAUAACUUGGCUAAUGCUGAGGUAGGAACCUUGAUUUGCGAAAUUCAUGUUAUUUUACGUUGGAAAAUUCAAAAACAUUAAUUUUCUCUUUAACCUUUCUUUGUGAUAACAUACUGUGGGAGUGUUUGCAUACCUAAAUGAUUGUAAGAAGAAGUUGUUUUUUUAAAUAUUUUAAAGGGUCCUGAUGAAAUGGGUGAUGCAGAUCAAGAGAUGGUUACUGAUGAUGACCUCAAGAAAUUUAUGAGUGAUAAAGAAGUAGGUGAAUUUUUAUGAUGAUUUGAAUGUUUACUACUGCUUAGCAUCAAAAUAUAUUGUAUUUAUACAUUUGUUUUUUAAAGUUAUAAUACCGAGUAUCUUUGAUUUUCUAGGUUAGAUAUUAGCCUAUUUUAUGCAUAUCAAUUAUGAGAGAUGAAACCCAUGUAAUAAAAUAACAGGAAAAAGGUUCUAAAAAAUGUAAAUCUCGAACAUUUAAAAAUAAUAAUUUACUCACUUGGAAUGCAUUUCAUAUAUGAGUAUAUCUAUAUAUUAAUAAGGGGUUUCCUACUUGAAUUAAGCUAAACCUAAUUGAAGUAAGCUUAGGGCCUCAUUUUAUUUUUCUAGCCAGAGAACCAGUAGCACACAUGGAAAUUAGGCCUCUACUGUGUCAGCAACUGGUGUUGGUUUCAGUUUGCGUAAAGCCAAAAAUUGUUGCUGCUAGUUUUGACUGUACCAUAUUUUAAUGAAGACUAGGUUAAAUGAUUUGAUUAAUGAAGAAUAGGGUGAGGGAUUGGAUUAAUGAAGACUAGGCUAAAGGAUUUGAUGAAUGAAGAAUAGGGUAAGGGAUUGGAUUAAUGAAGACUAGACUAAAGGAUUUGAUGAAUGAAGAAUAGGGUAAGGGAUUGGAUUAAUGAAGACUAGACUAAAGGAUUUGAUGAAUGAAGAAUAGGGUAAGGGAUUUGGAAAUUUACAAUUUUACAGUUUUUUUAAAGGGGCACUUAAAAAAUGUUAACAUCUUUCAGUUCCAGAAAUUACAAGGGAAACGCAAAAGAGGUCUAGAGGAAGCCAUCAACUUUGUUGAUGCCAAUGUCGAUGACUAUGUUGAUCCUUCUGAGGUAUCCAAGCACCUAACAGAGGAGACAGAAUAUGUCUCACAUAAGAGCAAGGAUAAUCUGCCAACAGCACAGCAGAGACGCAAGAAACAGAUUACCUAUUUGGCAUAUCAGGUAAUUAGCUGUCUGCUUUCUUUGGGUAAAAAUAAAUACUUUUAUAAAAAUUAAGAAGACAAGCUGCUUCAGUUUGGUCAAAUCCAAUAGUUUUGUGAUCAAUCGCCCUUUUAAAAGUAAACUAUGAGUAGAGAUAGCUUCUUGAAAUAGUUGGACUUUAAUUUGCUACCAGUGCAAAGAUAAAGAAACUCUUUUCUGUCAUGAAUAAACUAAUAUGGAAAUGUGUGUCUAGAAGAAAAUUAGAAUAAUAAUCUUGAUUCUAAAUGAAAUAAAAGAGAAACAUUAAUAAGAAAAUCAUGAUACUUUAUUCUUGCAUCAAACUUAACUUAAAAAUUGAUUUCCUCAAUCAUAUUUAAUAGACAUUUUAACAAGUUUAAGAAUUGUCAUGCUUUGAAUUAAAAAAAUUCUAAAUGUUAUCUUUUGUAUUCAACAUCCCCGUAUUUUCCAAAGUGUUUCUAUAAAUUCCUUUAAUAUAAAUCUGUCUCCGCCAGUCCCAGGAUUUAUAAUAUUUUGAUUUAAAUAUAAGGAUUUUGUAAAUAAAACAAAAAAUGAUCUUUAGUAAUCAUUUUUAAAAACUUUUAACAGGCCAAAGAACGGGAACUUGAACUCAAGAAUGCCUGGGCCCAGAACAGACUGACAAAGAAACAGACACAGUCUAAAUACGGAUUUUGAGAAAUCUCCCAGUUAUUUAUCAUAUUUUGUAUUUCCGAACACCUUUCGAACCAACUCCAAAGUUAUUUUGACUAUCUUUCAUAUGCAAGACUGAGUGCAUAAUUUUCUGUUUGUUUUUUUAUCACUAGUCAUUUCUCGGAGUUGUGGCAGAGGUAUUGAAAUGAUGAAAUUGAAUCCCUGUCUUAUUCUUUAUUAUUCAUUCUAGGUUGUCUGGAUGCUUACAAAGUUUUUUUUAAUCACUAGAGGUAUAAAGGGAAGGGUGGCCUACAAUAUCUAGGAUGUUCAUACAAUUGCAUCUUAGCCUUUUCAUUACGUGACGUCACAAUCACCCACUUUCAAUUACCAAGGAUGUCACAUUGUCGCCAUAACAAAAAUGCAAAGAACUUUUCUGAAAUACCAAGGACGUCACGUCAUAUUUCAAUGCUAGAUAUUUCUUUUUUCGUUAAUCUAUAGAGAAGUUUAUAAGCGAAUCGGAUAGAGGAUGAAAUAAUAAAGGAAGUUUCAUCUUUAAGUUUUGUAAUUGCUGAGGCAACAAAAAUCGAUGAAAGGGUUAAGGCUAGUGUCAAGUUUGCUUGAUCAUUAGGGAGACAUCAUUGUCCUUCCUCCUUUUGAAAGAUAUUUAUUUUUUUGAAUGCUGGGUCUAUCCAAAAUGUUAAUAAAGCAGAUUUUGUUGUAGUAAAUUUUAACUUUUAAAAAUAGAAAUUACGUUGACCUGUUAGUUAAACAUUUAUUCCUGGUCUAGUUAUUGGUGAAAGUUUAACAUACCUCUUUUCAAGCAUAUUUUUAUCUAAAUCUGAUGUUAUGUGAUAGUUUCAUACUAAUGAGAGAGACUGUAUGCAAAAAGCCCAAGUGACAUUUAUAAAUGCCCACACGCUGAUCUCAAGUAAUCAAAAAAUGUUUUAAAAACACCUGGUGCACACUUUUAUAAUGCCUUCACUCAAGAAAAAUAUAUCGCUAUAUGAGGAGGAAAGAAAAAAAUGAAAGACCUGAUGAGUCUGCCACACUGCAUAUUGUGGUUUUGAUAAAAGAUUUGUUACAGUUUUCAAUUUUUUUUGUUUUACUAGGGUGCUAGGUGUUUGCUUUCAAGAUCUUUAAAUAUGCACCUGGCCGAAAUCAGUUUAGUGCCAGAUUGUGUUUACGUUUGUCUUGUAGCAGGGAAUAUGUUAUUAUUCCAGUUACUUAUUUUGCUUGUCCUUGAAUUUGACUUUUAUUUCCCCACUGGCAACCCUACCCCAAAACUCAUGUCUGGUUUCAAGAUGCAAUUGUAUGCGUCAUCUCCAUAAUUUUUUUUAUGACGUGCAGCAGUCAUAAGCUUCCAAUACAUGACAACAUUUAGCCCUUUUUUUUUUAUGAUCCAUCCAUUACACCUGGGUUGAAGUUAUCCCUGAAUGUUUCUGUCUCCUUCACCCCCAUGUAAAUUUUUCUACAUUUCAUUGGCAAUAUGAACCAGGGUGUAAGGAUGAGAAAGUCACACAGUUCAUUGUUCAGGACUGUGAACAUUUUCUCCACCUCUGUCUAGAAUAGAAUAAUAAUAAUAAUAACUGCCUCAUCAUAUUCUGAAUCAGGAAGCUAGUGUAUGACGCUAUGACCCAGAUGUAGUCAUUGCAGGCUGUGUCGACUAGUAUGUUUUAUUCCUUUGGUUUGUAAAUGUAUAUUUAGAAAUAAUAUAUUUUAAAGAGAGGACAGUUUUCUUGUUCUGUUGUAAAAAUAAUCCUUUGAAAUAAGUUGUGUUUACUCCUAUGGGUAUAGUGCAGCUUUAUAUAACAAGUUUUGACAGCUUAGAGAAUUUAUAACCCAUGUUUAUAAUUUCUUGUAGUUUUUAAAUUUAUGCAAAUAAAUUUGAAUUUAAUUCACAAA